AUGGUCAAUGGUGAAAUGUUGUGUGAUCAUUUAAAUUACCUCUUACACUGGGGUUUAUCUGUUCAACCCGAUCGAAUUGAUUGGCUUAUUCUACGUGGUGAAGUGGAAUUUUUCAAGAAGAACUACCGUUUAGCUCUAUCAACCUAUUUGGAAUACGCCAGUGUUGUUAUUGACUCAUUUUCGAAGAAUACUCUGUCAGUAUAUUUUACGAAAGAGCUAGUGUUUCGAAUGAUGUGUUGCCUUCAGUAUCUUGGAUUAUUUUAUGAAAGUAUAGUACUUUCACAACUUGGACCGUCUGAUGAAUCCCUUAUCGAUAAUGCUAUCCUACUGAUCAAUAGCUUGGGAGAAAAUUCCAACGGUUGGCCAUUAGUACAAGUAGACACUUUCACUACUGAGAUUGUAAAUCUUCAAAAUCAACGAACAACUACUUCUUGUAAUGAAAGCUCUUUAGACUGUUUACGUGGAUCUUGUGGCGGCACAUUUCUACACACCACACUUGACUGUCCUGACAAUUUAAUUCCGUAUCUUUGGAAUGUUCGUCUGCUGUCAUCGCUUGAAUCUUCUGCUUCUAAUCGUGGUGCAUUAUCACAGUCAGCGAAAUUCAGAGCUCGACUCAAUAAUCCUGAAAUCAAUGUUAACAAUCCAGAUGAAAUAUUAUCAGAGAGUAGAUGUGUAUUAAAUUUAAAAUAUCUUCGUUAUUUAUGUAAUCUUUAUUUGAUAUAA